UGCUUGGGGGGAAAACUACCGUAUAUAUGGUUUAUCUUAUCGCCUGCCGGGUCACCCUGUAUGCGCGACAAUGUUAACUAUAGGACAGCAGGCAAAGCAAAGCCAAGCAGCAAGCUAGUUAAAAUGCUCGCUGUUCGCUGGGGUUGCUCCACAGUCGCGUUUGCAUCGAUCGUGCGAACAGAUCACAAGCACAUCGCUGUUGGAUUCGGUUUUGGUAGAGCAAUCAACAAAGCGUUCACAGCAGGAGCAGCACCUGGAAUUGGGAAUAACAAGCGCCACAUCAUGUCAAGCCAAAGUCAGCUGAACACAUCGCAACUGCGCUUCGAGGAGAAGCCGCUGCAUGUGCCCGCUCUGGAGGAGCUGCAGAAUGUCAUACAGGGUGCGUUGGCGAAGAACUUCAAAACAGUCAGUGUUAGUGUGGGCGCUUGUCCCGAUCUGAAGGCCGCGCAAUACGGUCUAGUGGAGUCGGGUCUGGGUGGCAAACCCACCUUGCUGGAGGUUGGCGGUCCACCAUUUCUGCUGCCUCUCGUGCAGCGCGACAAGUUGUACAACAUUGCGGAGAUCACCCGACAGAUUCAAGGUCCCGGCAAGAUUUUUGCCGUUGGCGCAGGCGCUGGACCUUAUCCCAUUCGCAACUCCAACUGCGAGGGCAUCUACAAUCUGUCUGUGAGUGAGAAGGAUGUGCUGACCAAUGGCAGCUACACGGCCACAGUACGUGGCGAGCACGAGGAAUGCGUUCUGGAGCGCAUUCCCAACACCGAGCCACGUUGUGCACUGUUGCUUAAUUUGUAUCUGAGCCGCGGUGAGGCUGGUAAUGUGCUCAAGAUCAGUGCCAAGCAGCGUAAGGGAGAACUGAAUUUCAUCGAGUGCAUACGCAAGGGACUGGAGGAUCACUAUGGCGAUCAGGUGGUUGGCUUGGGUGGCAUCUUCGUGAUCAAAAAGGGUGCGGCGCAUCAGCACGUGAUGCGUGACUUCAGCAAAACGCCCAUUCACACCGAUGAGGAGGUGAAUCAGUGGCUCAAAUUUUACGAAAUGCCCGCUCAAUUGAAUGCGCUGGGCACACUGGUGACCAAGGAACACGAUCUGGAUCUGCGUCUACAACACUUUCACUCGUUCUCAUUCAGCAAUUGGGGCGGACACUAUCACUACGACACGACGCCUGAUAUCGUGGAGUAUGAGGCCUAUUUGAAUGUGGCCGAGCGUGUUGUGCGUGUGGACAAGCCUGUGGCCACGCACAAGGUGGGCAGGGAUUAAGGCAUUGAUGAUGACUAUAGCCCAAGGGCUAGCAACAAUUAUGUAUGAUAAACUAAUGGUAGACCCCAAAAAUAUAAAAAUAAACGCGUGAAAAGGUUUUGCUCGAUUUACAGAGUCUAGCAUUUAGCAAAGAGAGAACCAUUAGACGACGCACUUUUAGCCGCGUUUAGCCCGUCGGCGACGAAAACCUUGACGUAAUUGCCAGAAAUUGAGGCAGACAAAUUGACGGCUCAACUUUCUAUGCGCAGAUCAAUCAACAAGAAGCAACAGAAAAUAGAGAUGAGCACAGCUCCACUUUGAAUGAAUGCGCUCUCCCAGUUCUGGUUUUAUAACUCCGCUUGUUCACUCGCUGUCCAUUGUCCAGAGUUUCAGAGUGUUCAGCGUUUGGUCUAAUGAGAGAUUCAGAUACGGCGACUAGCUAAGCAGGCCGUAAAUAAUGCAACAAGCAUGCAGUAAUCUAUCUACUACAAUGUUUUUCUUCAUCUUCAUCUUUUCGCUAUUUUUUUUUUGGUUUUGCAUCGCUGAUCGUUAAUUAUUUAAUAGCUUGGUCUUCGUGCCGAAGAAGCCAAAAAGCAAAACUAUUAACUUGUUGUUUUUGCCAAUUUCUCAUCGUAUCGAAAAAAACUGGAUUGCAUUAUGCUCCAUAACAAUUGGUUUUAAUGACACUUGGAAAUUGCCCACGAACACACACAUACACACACACGACACACCCAUCCUCAGCAAUCUCACCAUCCAUCUCUCCAGCUUGGGAGAUUUCCAACUUACCCGCUCACAAAUUCGGGUUCAUUCAAGAAUUAUGCUGCUUCUAUUUAUAAUUUUGUUUUAUUUGGGUUUGAGGUCGCGGCCGCUUCUUCUACCGUUUGCUGCGAUGAACGCGACGAUUUAACGGAUAGAUUUCUAAUAUUUGCAUUUAAAAUAUUGAUCAUUGAAAUUCGGGCUACCUUCACUUCUCUCCCUCCCGACUGAUAGCGAGUCACACACACACACUCGAUUGAACCAAUUUAAUCUGCUAAGCGGGGCGAAAAAUGAGGAAGGUAUCUUUAUUGUAUUGUUGGCGGAGAAAUGCAAAUGCGAUUUCACAAACACAAAAAAAAGAAAAUAUCUUUUAUAUUGUCGUCGUCGUUGUCGUUGUUAUUGCUGUUUUUCUAGUCGCUUACACAUUUAUUCACAUUUUUUUUUUUUUAAACAACACAAUUUGCACUUUUUAUUAGCUGCCUUGCCUCGUUUUAAUCGACUGCGCAGCGCAGCGCAGCAAGCGAAGUUCGGAGUUGGAUCAGUUGCGAGUUGGAGUUGGGGGGGGAAUGGAAAGCCCGAAGCGCAGUCCGAAGUUGCGUCUGUUCGGCUGAAGCUCGCGUUGCAGACUGAAGCUACUGAAUGAAGUUGAGUUUAGGCCGCUUCAUCGGCUCUUCAAGCCGCCUGCCACUUAAGCUUGUUUGCUGCGGCUUGUUGUUUUGAGUCUGAGUCUGAGGUUGUUUUGUCUUGUGGCUGCCUUGAUUUUGAUUGAAAUUGUCGUUUAAUAUCCAUUUGAGCACAUUUGCCAUGACUAAAGUGCGUCAAGUGCAUAAAACAAUGCAGGCCAGCUGCAAGUUUCCAAUUCCCCGCAACCAGACCUGUUCCCAUUUGCCAUUGCCAAUUCGGUUGGGGGGGAUAACAUCAACAUCAAUAUGUUUGUUGUCUUGCUCCCGUUUGGUUAACCAAACGCCCAAAGGCGACCCGCCCAAAUGCCGUACAUUGAACCAGACCACAAACGACGUGAAAUUUGCACAAACACUUGGUCGAUACUCUGCCGGCACCUUAAUUGUGCCUGCUUGCAUAAUGAACCUCAACUGAAUCUGUUUGGGCUUUUGUUUUUAUACCGGGAACAAGCUUGUAUGCAGAUGCCACGAUUUUAAUUAAAAUUAACAACGAAAAUUGACACAACUUGUUCAGCAACAAGGGAAUAUUGCAACCACACAUCCUAGUAGUGUCAGCUCUCAUAGCAUUUUAAUAUUUAAUAAAACCGCUGUUCUUUGGAUUGGCAUAUAUAUAUGUAUAUCAUUUAAUUGUUGUAAAGCAUUGGCGCAAUAGUUUUGAAUUGUUAACAAUCUUAACUCUUAUCAAAAAGAACUACUUGAAAUAAAGAAAGCACAUUUUUUUAUUCAGCUACAAUCUAAAUAAUCUUCUUUUACAAUACGCAUAUGAACUGACAAUAAUUUCAAUUAAUAAAAGGCUUCGUUCUCAUUACGUACACCGAUUGCCUCAGAUUGCUUAGCUAGUUUAGCAAAUUUGUUCAACAAGAAACAAGACAUAGUCUAUUUAAAUUUAAAUUUGCAAAUCUCUUUGGAAAAGGCAUUGGAUGCCAAACGAAAAAUCAUAAGUAAUAAAAAGGAAAAUGUGGGGAAUCAACUUACAUAGUGUAAUGUUGUAAUUAUUUCGUUCGAUUGUUGUUCAUAAAUUAUGGGGGACCAUUUUAACAUUUGGAUUUACACUUGCAUAAAAAUUGUUCUAUACGCAUGCUAAAUCGCGACCAGAGAAAACAAAUGCAUAGAUGUCUUAGGAUGGCG